ACUGCGAACACAGUACAGGAGAUGACCAGAGACUGCGGACAUAGUACAGGAGAUGACCAGAGACUGCAGACAACAGUACAGGGGAUAACCAGAGACUGCGGACAGUACAGGGGAUGACCAGAGACUGCAGACAGUACAGGGGAUGACCAGAGACUGCGGACAGUACAGGGAUGACCAGAGACUGCGGACAGUGCAGGCGAUGACCAGAGACUGUGGACAUAGUACAGGAGAUGACCAGAGACUGCGAACACAGUACAGGAGAUGACCAGAGACUGCAGAUAGUACA